AUGUGCAACAACAACGGGACUCUUGUAUGUAAUACUGGCUUUUAUGGACCUACCUGUGGCGUUCAAUGUACAAACAAGUUACACGGAACGUGUAACAACAACGGGACUCUUGUAUGUAAUACUGGCUUUUAUGGACCUACCUGUGAUGUUCCUUGCACAAACACGUCACACGGAACGUGUAACAACAACGGGACUCUUGUAUGUAAAGCUGGCUUUUAUGGACCUACAUGUGAUGUUCCUUGUGCAAACACGUCACACGGAACGUGCAACAACAACGGGACUCUUGUAUGUAAUACUGGCUUUUAUGGACCUACAUGUGAUGUUCCUUGUGCAAACACGUCACACGGAACGUGCAACAACAACGGGACUCUUGUAUGUAAUACAGGCUUUUAUGGACCUACCUGUGAUGUUCAAUGUACAAACACGUCACACGGAACGUGCAACAACAACGGGACUCUUGUAUGUAAUACUGGCUUUUAUGGACCUACCUGUGGCGUUCAAUGUACAAACAAGUUACAUGGAAUGUGUAACAACAACGGGACUCUUGUAUGUAAAGCUGGCUUUUAUGGACCUACCUGUGAUGUUCCUUGUGCAAACACAUUACACGGAAUGUGCAACAACAACGGGACUCUUGUAUGUAAUACUGGCUUUUAUGGACCUACAUGUGAUGUUCCUUGUGCAAACACGUCACACGGAACGUGCAACAACAACGGGACUCUUGUAUGUAAUACUGGCUUUUAUGGACCUACCUGUGGCGUUCAAUGUACAAACAAGUUACAUGGAAUGUGUAACAACAACGGGACUCUUGUAUGUAAUACUGGCUUUUAUGGACCUACCUGUGAUGUUCCUUGUGCAAACACAUUACACGGAAUGUGUAACAACAACGGGACUCUUGUAUGUAAUACUGGCUUUUAUGGACCUACCUGUGAUGUUCCUUGUGCAAACAAGUUACAUGGAAAGUGUAACAACAACGGGACUCUUGUAUGUAAUACUGGCUUUUAUGGACCUACCUGUGAUGUUCCUUGUGCAAAUAUAUUACAUGGAGUUUGUGAUUCAAAGGGUCAUCUCAGAUGUGACACAAACUAUCAUGGAUUAGAUUGUUUAACAUUCUGUAAACAAACCAUGUCGAGUCACUGUACCGAAAAUGGCUCUGUCGAAUGUAACCAUGGAUUUUAUGGGCCGGAAUGUGAAGUCGAAUGUAAAGCUGUGGAUCAUGGCCAUUGCGAUGCAAAUGGUUCCUUAGUAUGUGAGGAGAACUACUUUGGGACGAACUGCUCUCUACAAUGUAGCAUUGAGGCGACUGAUGGCAUCACGAAUGGGCGUUGUGUGACAAAUGUUGGACCCGUGUGUAACCAAGGCUAUGCAGGACGACAUUGUGAACAAAAUAUCAACGAAUGUCGGAACAUCACAUGCAACAAUGGAGGGAGCUGCGUUGACGCAAUUAACAACUACACAUGUGUUUGUCCCAACGGUUAUUCUGGACUGCAUUGUGAGAUUGAUGAAAAUAAGUGCAAAACUAAUCCUUGCAAAAACAACGUGUUUGGAUUUGCAGAUGUCACAGCGUCAACCUCCAUUGAAUUAAAUUUUGACGGAAUCAUCGAUAACAACUCUCUUCCGAAAGUGAUGGACGCUAUGGAGAAAAUAUUAUCUUCGAAUCUGUGUUCCGGGUUUAAUGUUUCUGUUAAAGAACAGAGAUCCACUAGAAAUGUUAAACAGAACCAGCCAUCAACCGUGAUGUUGUCCGUCUCGUGCGGCGGUAAAUCACUCAACACAAGUGUCAUUUAUGAAGAGGUAUACAAAUCAUCGGAUACUACAUUUCCUUUCCCACUGAUGAACAAACAAAAACACUUAAGCAACCACACGGAAAAACAAUCAGAUUUGAUGACGAGAUCAAAACGUUUUGAGCUAACUCAGUUAUAUCAACAGCAGGACUGGCUGAAAGACAACUGGAAAAACCUAUUAGGUGUGUCUGUCGGGUUGGCUUUCCUAUUGAUCAUCGUUCUUAUCAUACAGCUUAGGAGGCGGUACAAACGGCGGAGUGGAUAUCAGUCCCAAAAAAUGGGAAAUCGGCUCAACAUUGUACACGCUAAUCCUUUAUACCUGGAUACAAACUCAUAUAGCACAAAUGAAAACGCUUCAAUACAAAUUGAAAAACUAUAG